ACGAUCGCAUGAUGAUCUCUCCUCCCUGGCUGCUGCUAUAUUUAUCCAGCAUUUGUACGCUUCAAAUAUCAGUUAAUCGCUUAUCAACUUGAAACUACGGAAAUUCGUCGUUUGUUAUCAUAUAUUGAGGUAAAAAAAACUUUAAACCGAUACAAACUCUCAGGGCAGUUCAAUGUAAACAUGUCUGAACCGAGAGUAAAGAGGAUUAAGACCAGUCUGCCCCUCUGCAAAAGUCACGCGUGUGUUGUGGGGAGUCAGACGAGGCAAAACUUUCCAUCUGUGGUGGAGGAGAGCUUGUGUGGGGUUUCUAACUUACUUCUGGAAGUUUCUUACAGACUGCAGGCGCUGGCUAUUAUGUUUGAGCAAAGUGAUCGGGCUUUACCCAGAGUAGCAGCAUUUUUUCAUCGGGAAUCUGUGAUGGAACAAGAGCGAGCAGAGGCGAUGAUGCAGUACCUCUGCCAGCGUGGAGGGAACUUGUGCUGCAAGAAUAUUCAGAGGCCAGGCAUCGAAAAUGGGUGUGAUGUCCUUUCGGCUCUAAAAAUCCUUCUGAACCAGUGGAAGGAGGAGAUGGCCAUUAUGACGGAGCUAAGUCAACUGGCACUUAACUAUGGAGAUCCACACACUGCCAGCAUAAUCAAAAGUCAGUUUCUUCAGCCCCUUAUCCCAAAGGUCAAGCUUGUGGGUGACCUCUUGACCGAAGCUUGCAGAGCAGGAUGUACCAAAGACAGUGCAGGUGGAUUUGGCGAGUUCCUUUUUGACCAGCAACAGGAGAAGUUACAAGACUGUGGCUAGUGGGUGAGGGGAAGGGGGAACAGUUCAGGGGGCCCACAGGUUCCUAAAGGUUUUUUUUAAAGGGUAAGGGGCCCAAAGCAGUAUGCAGAUAAAGUUUGCACCCAAAUUUUUUUGCAGCGGCCCCACAUUUCUGCAAAUGAUUGUCAAACAUUAUUAGCAGUGUUCUGUAGCUCAGUUAGAGCAUUUUGUUAACAGCAUCUGUUAAAUGCAUAAACGUAAAAGUAAAAUCGACAGAUAAACUUGAUUUUUGAUAAACGUCAUUGAUGCAGAAGAGAAAAUUAAGGUGAAGUGAGGCUCUCAAGCAGAUCUGAGAGUUGAAUGAACAAUAGGUCACUCCGUUUUUAGAUUAUGAAUACAGGUUUUUUAACAAUGUUAGUAAGUUGAAUGUUUUGUUUUUGUUUGUAUGUUUUUAAUACUGCUAACUAUAAACAUAAGCAUUGUCUUAUAUGCAACAUUCAUAUGCACGUAUGUUUAAUUUAGAUUUUAGAUUUACUGCAAUUUGCUGCUUUUUGUGUAAAAUAUUUUAUUAUAGGAAGAAUAUGUUUUAUACCAAAUAUUUUGGUAUAAUUAUAUAUGAAAAUGUGAUCUUUAAUAGAUCUUUAAUUUAUGUCUAAAUUACAUUUGCUUAUUUAAUGCAACAUUCAUAUGCACGUAUGUUUAUUGUUUAAUUUACUGCCGUUUGUUGCUUUUUGUGUAAAAUGUUUUACUGAAGGAAAAAUAUUGCAUAUAAAAAUGUGAUCAUUAAUAGAUCUUUAAUAUAUGUCUUAUUCACCUUUUGCCCUUUCAAAUGCAUUGUGAACUGAAUGGUCUUUGUGUCAUUCAUGACUUGUUUUAUAGGUUUAAAAGUAUCUCCAAUAAAAGUAUGACUUUGGUGAAAUAUAUGUCAGGCUACUGGCUUUAUUGUUAUCCCAUUAAAAUAAAAUCUGAAGGGUGCAUGUUUAGCCACUUUUAGAGAGAAGGCUGUAGAAAAUGUUAAGUGUCAUUUGGCUUAUUAACGCCCCCUAUUGUCAAACUGGUGUAUGACAGCUGUUGUAAGAAAUUAAAUGGGCGAUAACGUAAAGAUCAUGAACCUAAAGAAUUUAUCUAAUAAAUUUGCUGCUAAUAAAAAUUUAAA